AGAAAGAGUUUCCGUAUUUGUGUAGAUUGCAGGGAAAGAAACGGAUCCCACGUGGCAUCAAAUAUAUGACCGUUGGCAAUUCAAUUUCUCUGGUUAAAUCUUUCCAUCCACUCUCGUUGAGAGACGAGACCUAAAGAACGCCAUGAAAACGGUCCUUUUUUCAACCUCGGCUUCUUCAAAUUCAACCGCCACCGCCACCGCCAUGGAAGAAGGCGAGCGAUCGGAAGCCCGCGACAGAUGUUACUAUCCCGGUUGCCGGAAAGAUGCGAAUUGCAACUGCAAGAUUUGCUUGGACAGUAUCAACGCCACUUUGGACCUAAUGUCUUACAGUGUUCAAAAAACCUCACUCAUGAAGCUCUCUGCUUCGAGACCUAAUGUUGAAGCCACUCCGAUUUCAUUUAAUCCUUUGAUUUUGACGACACCGCCAUCGGGCACGUCUCGGACCAUGAAGUACCCUAAUUUUAUAUCUCCGGUGAAAUUGAGUUUGGGAUUCGAGGCUGAGGAAGAGGAAAGAGAUUCAAGUUCGUUGCAUCGAUUUCUGACGUUGGUUUUUGUUCUGAGUUUGAUCUUUGUGGUGACUAUUGGAUUUUCGUGUGCGAUCGCUAGGGUUAUUAGGCCGAACCUGUCAGUGUUCGUGCAUGAUUUGAAUGGGAAAUUGUGGGAGUUGCAGGGGAUCGUGAAUUUGAAGAUUUCUAAUUGCAGUU